AUGGCGGAACGGACAGGUUUUGGCUUGUGGAAGACAUUUAUCAUUGCCCGCUGUGUGGAUGGAUGUAUAGACUGGUCAGUGGAUCUGAAGGAGUACCAUGUUUUGGCAGGCGAACCCGUCCGGGUCAAAUGUGCCUUGUUCUACAGCUACAUCAGAACAAACUACACCAUGGCCACCAACGCCAAGCUGCGCCUCAUCUGGUACAAGAACAAAGGAGAUGCAGAGGAGCCCAUCAUUUUCUCAGGCCACAGGCUGAGUAAAGAAGACGACUCCAUCUGGUUCCGAUCUGCUGAAAUGGAAGACAAUGGAUUCUACACCUGUGUUUUAAGGAACUCAACAUACUGCAUGAAAGUCUCCAUGUCGAUGACGGUGGAGGAGAGUGACGAGGGGAAAUGCUUCAGCAGCAAAAUCCGCCAUCUGGAGAAAGCUGAGAUCACCCACAGCAAAAUGAUCACCUGUCCUGAUAUAGAAGACUAUAUGGCUCCGUACAUACAGCCACAGAUGACCUGGUAUAAGGAGUGUGAGCGGGUUGAGUGGAGAAGUUCCAUCACUGUGAACACCACACACAUCUGGAUACCUGAGGUGGAGGAGGGUGACGGGGGAAAUUACACCUGUGAGUUACAGUAUGGAUCGAGACUGGUGCGGCGGACAACACAACUCAAAGUGACAGCUCUCCAAACCACUCAGCCUCCCAAGGUCCUUUUCCCCCCAGAGAGGCAAGACACAGUGAUAGAAAUCACACCUGGUAUGCCUCUUAGUCUGGACUGCAAGGCAUUUUUUGGCUACAGUGGAGAAAACAGACGGCCCAUCAUCUACUGGAUGAAAGGGGAGAAGUUUGUGGAAGAACUAGCUGGACACAUUAAAGAAAGUGAAGUCAGGAUCUUGAGGGAGCAUUUAGGGGAGAAGGAAGUGCAGUUGUCCUUAAUGUUUGAUGCUGUGGAGGAGGCAGACCUGGCCAACUACACCUGUUAUGUGGAGAACCAUAUAGGAAGGCGCAGCGGGAGUGCUAUUCUGCAGAAGAAAGACAUGUAUCGCCUGGAGUUGGCUGGUGGUCUCGGGGUCAUAUUGCUGCUUCUGGGAGUCCUAACGGCACUUUACAAGUGCUACAACUUGGAGAUCAUGCUCUGCUACAGGAGGCACUUUGGGAGUGAUGAAACUGAAGAUGAUAAUAAGGAGUACGAUGCCUACCUGUCCUAUACUAAAGUGGACCUGGACUCUCUGGGCAGGACGAGCAGCGAUGAGGAGACGUUUGCGUUGGAGAUCCUGCCAGAUGUUCUGGAGAAACAUUACGGAUACAAGCUGUUUAUACCAGACAGAGAUCUAAUACCCAGCAGUACCUAUAUCGAGGACUUGGCUCGCAGCGUGGAGCAGAGCAGACGUCUCAUCAUCGUUUUGACCCCAGAGUUUGUCGCCAAAAGAGGGUGGAGUAUCUUCCAGAUAGAGACACGCCUCCAUUCUAUGUUGGUCACCGGGGAGAUCAAGGUGAUCAUGAUAGAGUGUGCCGACCUGAAGAAUGUCAUCAACUACCAAGAGGUUGAAGCACUGAAACAUACGAUCAAGGUUUUAUCCAUCAUCAAGUGGAGGGGUCCUAAAAGCAAUGAGCUGUCCUCUAAGUUUUGGAAACAGGUGGUCUACGAAAUGCCUGCUAAACGCAGAGAGACAUUGUCCAGACGCCAGGUAAUGGACUCCGGUGAACAGGGCCUCUUUGGUGACCUACAGACCACCGUCUCCACCAUUGCCAUGACAACCACCUCUGCCUCUCUGGCACCCCCUAAUGAGAAGAUCCCGGACUACAACCAGAUGACCUUGCCACUGGGAGGGGGACACACGGCUACAGCUGCCCAAAUGAGGCAUUUCUGCCGCAGCUACGAGUUCCAGCUUCCCCCACAACCUUCCUCCCUGUCGCCUCCUCUCCCACCUCCCUCCACAGUGCAGUUCUCCACUCUGGGCCCAGGGGGGCGCCAUGUCUAUUGUAACAUCCCCAUGACACUGCUGAAUGGACAGGUUCCUCAGAGCAGUACGCUUGGGAAGAAGCCAGAACUCCACCUGAACAGCACCUUCGUACCGCUUACCAGCAGAGAACUAAGCUCUGACAUCUGGUAG